AUGAGCCCAGAAGCCGCUCAUCAGUGGAGGGGGGACGUCUCUGUGACGUCAGAGGCGCGUUCCGGACACGCGCGUGAGCAUCAGUCGCACGAUCAGAGAGAUCUGGAUUCUGGUGAGAUCUGGAUUCUGGUGAGAUCUGGAUUCUGGAGAGAUCUGGAUUCUGAGCUGCAGCCAGAGCAGAGACGGCACUGGACCCGGGACCACCAACACCCCCGUCCCUGGACCACAAACACCCCCGUCCCUGGACCCGGGACCACAAACACCCCCGUCCCUGGACCACAAAGACCCCCGUCCCUGGACCCGGGACCACAAACACCCCCGUCCCUGGCCCACAAACACCCCCGUCCCUGGACCCUGGACCACAAACACCCCCGUCCCUGGACCACAAACACCCCCGUCCCUGGACCACAAACACCCCCGUCCCUGGACCCGGGACCACAAACACCCCCGUCCCUGGACCACCAACACCCCCGUCCCUGGACCCCAGACGACAAACACCCCUGUCGCUGGACCACCAACACCCCCGUCCCUGGACCACCAACACCCCUGUCCCUGGAACCCGGACCACAAACACCCCCGUCCCUGGACCACAAACACCCCCGUCCCUGGACCACCAACACCCCUGUCCUGGGACCACAAACACCCCCGUCCCUGGACCCGGGACCACAAACACCCCCGUCCCUGGACCCGGGACCACAAACACCCCCGUCCCUGGACCCGGGACCACAAACACCCCCGUCCCUGGACCCGGGACCACAAACACCCUCGUCCCUGGACCACCAACACCCCCGUCCCUGGACCCCAGACCACAAACACCCCUGUCCCUGGACCACCAACACCCCCGUCCCUGGACCACCAACGCCCCUGUCCCUGGAACCCGGACCACAAACACCCCCGUCCCUGGACCACAAACACCCCCGUCCCUGGACCACCAACACCCCCGUCCCUGGACCACCAACACCCCCGUCCCGGGACCACAAACACCGCUGUCCCUGGACCACCAACACCCCCGUCCCUGGACCACAAACACCCCCGUCCCUGGACCACAAACACCCCCGUUCCUGGGCCACAAACACCCCCGUCCCUGGACCCGGGACCACAAACACCCCCGUCCCUGGACCCGGGACCACCAACACCCCCGUCCCUGGACCACAAACACCCCCGUUCCUGGACCCGGGACCACAAACACCCCCGUCCCUGGACCACCAACACCCCCGUCCCUGGACCACCAACACCCCCGUCCCUGGACCACCAACACCCCCGUCCCGAGACCCGGGACCACAAACACCCCCGUCCCUAGACCCGGGACCACAAACACCCCCGUCCCUGGACCACAAACACCCCCGUCCCGGGACCACAAAUACCCCCGUCCCUGGACCCGGGACCACAAACACCCCCGUCCCUGGACCACCAACACCCCCGUCCCUGGACCCCGGACCACAAACACCCCCGUCCCUGGACCCGGGACCACAAACACCCCCGUCCCUGGACCACAAACACCCCCGUUCCUGGGCCACAAACACUCCCGUCCCUGGACCCGGGACCACAAACACCCCCGUCCCUGGACCCGGGACCACCAACACCCCCGUCCCUGGACCACAAACACCCCCGUUCCUGGACCCGGGACCACAAACACCCCCGUCCCUGGACCACAAACACCCCCGUUCCUGGACCACAAACACCCCCGUCCCUGGACCCCGGACCACAAACACCCCCGUCCCUGGACCACCAACACCCCCGUCCCUGGACCACAAACACCCCCGUCCCUGGACCACCAACACCCCCGUCCGUGGACCACAAACACCCCCGUCCCUGGACCACAAACACCCCCGUCCCGGGACCACAAACACCCCCGUCCCUGGACCACCAACACCCCCGUCCCUGGACCACCAACACCCCCGUCCCGGGACCACAAACACCCCCGUCCCUGGACCACAAACACCCCCGUCCCUGGACCACAAACACCCCCGUCCCUGGACCCGGGACCACCAACACCCCCGUCCCUGGACCACAAACACCCCCGUUCCUUAUCGGCCGUCUACAUCCCUUUUUUAA